CCGCGCCGCGGCACGUGCAGCCGCUGCUCGGCCCCGCGGGCUUGGACCAUGCUCAAGAUCCUCACCAAAAAGCUCAGGAACCAGAGUUUGAAUGAAAUCCAGCCGUUCCAGCUCAAGAUCUCCUACCCCCCAAGUGAUGAGGACAGCGACGACUCUGAGGGAGAGAACCAGGAACUUGCUCAGAUUGACAGAGAAAGAAGACGGAAUUGUACCUUGACCCCUCUGGCCACCAACCAGCUUCAGAACCAAGAGAAUCAAUGCUGCAAGGUUCGGGCUCUUCUUCACGCCAGCCUGGAUCGCCACAGCUCGGAAGAGGAGCUGGAGCGCAUCAACCGGGAGUUCGCCGCGGAGAAGCGGAAGUGGUCACAGGUGAGCAGGCUCGCCUGCUGCAGCGACAGCAACAACACGUCCUCCAGCGACGACGAGGUGAAGAACUUGUGCGCCAUGUCCUUCCGGCCCGUGGCCGAGCAGGCGGACAGCCUGCACACGAGCCCGAGCCCCGUGCUCUUCAGUGCCUCCCCUCCUAAGAGACUGCAGCCCCUGGGGCGCAACGCAGCCUCCAGACCUUUAAUCUUCACGAGCGUCGGGGCGGGCUUUGAGCAAGUCAUGCCUUGUAAGAGACACCGCCAAGGAUAUGGGGAUAAGGUCAGCAGGCCCAGCCUGGACCUGGAAAAAAUGCAGCAGAAGAUGCUGCUCAAGAAGAAUUGUGGAGCGAAGACUAGAGUUAUUAAAAUUCGUAGCAUCAAUGGAGGCCGCCCACCACCCCACUUUGUGUACGAUCCGUCCACCUUUGCCUUCCGUUCCCUCAGCACCUUGAAGCCGCUGAGCCCGAUAGCUCCAGUGGAAGAACCGUCAUGUGCCUACUGAAGGAGUUUCUCCAAAAACCUCAGGAACUGUCAACCAGCUGCCUGCCUGGCAGGGAGAAGGGGAAGGGAGUGAUGUCUGAGGGGAUGGGUGGGGGGAGAAAGGGACUGUGGAGUGUCUUUGCAAUACAACCUUUCUGGCAGCAGGAAACAGCUCUGCAGCAGUGCCUGGUUUCCUACUAUCGCCACAUCUGUGUGGUGGCAAAUGGAGAGAUUUGUCUUUCAGGGCAAAAAGAGCUUGUUAAGUUCACCAACCACACAGGGGCCAUCAAGGCAAUGACAUGUGGAUGUGRUAGUUGAAGAUAUUCCUGGGAGGUCCGGUGGCUAUCGUGGCCUACAUGGCAGGAGUGAUAAGGAGUCAGGUUGUGAAAGCAAGUCCAGUUGGUUUCCCAGGAGCCUACAGUGGCCUACAAUGGUUUGCUAUAGACCAAACCUUUCUACUUAAAAAUGAUCUCAGGAUUGCAGACAGAUGUUAGACAGGUCAGCUUGGAAAGCAAGGAGGGCUCCUCUUUCAGAUUGCUAAAAUUGCAUUCACUUUAAGCUCUCUUGAGUGGGAGACACUGGGAGAUGGAGGUGGAGAGGGUAACUGGCAGAUCUGAAGGUGUAUGUCCCAGUUGGUGUGCUGACAACUCACUGAUCUCAUCUAAAAAUGGAUUGAAAUGAGAGGCACAAGCAAAUGAAGGCUGUACAUUCGACUACCCAAGGAAACACAGCACCCAUCUUCAGUCCUUCCACAGCAAUAUCAGUGAGAAUGAGUGGGGGUGACGGUGUGCUUUUGGGUCUCAUCUCCGCUGAGGCUGGCUCUUCUAGGAUAUGGAAUACUUUUCCAUAACAUUAUCCAUAAACCCUGCUGUCCAUAGAUGAUGGUGAUUGUAGCUGGCAUCACCAGACUCAGUCAAAAUGAAAGUAUCUGGAGGGCCUUUUACCCCUGUGUUAUACUGGCUGUUAAACUCAGAUCAACCCGCACUGGAGCAAGCAUGGGGAGAUGUAGCAUGCAGUGGGAGAAUGGAGUCGCUGACUUGAAGCGGACCUGUAGACAUCUGUUGAUAAAAGAAGCACAAGGAAAAUUUGGAUGGUGCUGCGGGCCGCUUUCCUCAUAGACACAGUCCUAGAGCUGUUAGGACCAUGCUAGGCCCCGCUGGAAUUUGAUUGGGUUCUGGCCUUGAGACACAUGCACGCUUGGUACUACAGGGCAGCAGUGAGUGGGAGAAGUUCUCAGCUCUCCUGGUGAGGCAGAGGAACGAGGCAUUUCCCCCUGCUGCCCCUGAUCAGUCCUUGUUGCCAGUCCCCGGUGAAGACAGUAGUCUCUUCCUCUAGGCAUUCCCCACUGUGAGCCUGUAUCUGGCUGGGUACAGGGGGUAGCAACUAGCUUACYGCUUGUCUGAAUCAAGGGGAGAAACUGUGAGUAAUAGGAAUCAAUUUUAUUUUUAAAUAUGCUCCGCUGUGCAGGUCUUUGAUGCCAGUCUUUGGAUGAGACCAGCCGUCACUCCAGCUCCUAGCAGGGCAGUCACACAGACAUUUGUAUCUGGUACUUUCUGGGCCCUUCAUCGAGACCCUCGGGGAAAGGCCCAAAGACGUACAGGCCUGGGAAGCCGAAUCCCCAGCCCGGCCCUGCUCGCUCCCUUCAGGCAAGCUGUCACUCACCCCUGCCACCACUCCUUCCAUGACACAAGCGGAGCUGAGGGGCAAGGCAGUGAGGGGACACAUGCAGUCCUGAUGCUGCCCCGACCCUGCCUGCCCUGUGGCUACAGAUCCUCACAGCUGUGCAUGCCCUGCACCAGCACCGCCUCAGGGGCUGCUCUGGUUUGGUGGUAGGUGCCUCUGGCAAAGCCUCUGAGAGUCCUUGCAGAAUUCACUUCCUCCAAAACAGAGCUGAUUCCUUUCUCCCGCCCCUGUAGAGACUCUGCUUAUCUCAUUUUGAUGACACACCUCAGCUUUUUAACUGCUGCCAGAUCAAACUGACCACUGCAGGACAGGAGCUGUUACCUCCGUGGACCAAACCUUUGUGCUGAAGAGAAGGGACAGCUGCUGGUACCCAUCUUGUGAGAUGGCUCGARUGACAGCAACCAGCCUCUUGCUGGUGCUCUCAGGCU